GACAAUAUUCAAAACGCAUUUUUAAUAUAAAUGUGUAGAAUAGAAACACUUAACAUAUCUGUCUACCCUGCGGAUUUAUUCGUAGCCUAACGUAUGUGUCAUCACUUUUAACGAGUUUAAGAUAAGUGUCUUCGCCACCGGCUCCAGGCAGCAGUGGCACUCAGAGCUAGCUAGCUGUAGCUGCUAACACUGAGCUCUACUCAGCAGCUUCACACAUCAGCCAGCGUUUGUAUUACGGUAGCUUACUGUUGUGGUAUGUGAUUGUUAGCAUACCUCACUUUAUUGGAUCAAGACAGACACUUAACCUUUUGACAGUUGUCAGGUCAACCACAUUGCUGACUGUUAGCCACAUUGAGGGUGGAGUUUUUAUCUCAGACAGUUGAAUUCCCCCCUCUUCCCCUCCCAGUAUGGCUGCAGACUCGAUGGAGAUUGACGACUCUCUUUACAGCCGCCAGCGCUAUGUGCUGGGAGACAGUGCUAUGCACCAGAUGGCCCAGUCCUCCGUCUUUCUCAGUGGAAUGGGUGGACUGGGGAUUGAGAUAGCAAAGAAUAUUGUCCUGGCCGGUGUGAAGGCAGUCACCCUUCAUGACACAAAGCAGUGUGAAACCGUGGAUCUGGGCUCCAACUUCUUUAUCCGCAAAGAGGAUGUUUUGAGCCAGAGGAGAAGGGUGGAGGCAGUGUGCCCUCGGGUUGCAGAGUUGAACCCUUAUGUCCAUGUCGACACAUCUUCCUCUGCUUUGGACGACAACACGGAUCUCAGCUUCCUUGGAAAGUAUCAGUGUGUUAUUCUCAGCGAAGCCAGAUUGAGUCUACAGAAGAGAGUCAAUGAGUUUUGCCACUCACACCAACCCCCUAUCAGAUUCAUCGGCUGUGAUGCAUACGGCAUCUGUGUGCGGGUGUUUUGUGAUUUUGGAGAUGAGUUUGAGGUGUCAGAUCCCACAGGAGAGGAGCCCAAGGAGAUUUUCAUCCAUAGUAUAACACAGGAUAAUCCUGGGGUGGUGACCUGUAUGGACAACCAACCCCACGGCAUACAGACAGGCCAAAGUGUUGUGUUCAGAGAGGUCCAUGGCAUGGUGGAACUCAACGGCACCGCAAGGCCAGUUUCAGUCCUUUCCCCUCACAGUUUUUCAAUAGGGGACACAUCCCAACUGCAGUCAUAUGCACAUGGGGGUUUCUUUGUUAUGGUGAAAACCCCCAAGACGUUCAGAUUUGAGACGAUGGAGAAGCAGUUGUGUGAUCCUCAGGUCAUGACUCCAGACUUCAGUAAACCAGAGGCCCCACUACAGAUCCAUGCAGCCAUGUGUGCUCUGGACGUCUUUCAGGAGCAGCACAGUAGACUUCCCAACACUGGGUGUUUACAGGAUGCUGAGGUUUUACUGAAGCUAACCGAGGAAGUGAAUGAAACUCUCAGGAACAAAGCUCCUGUGAAUACUGAGUUGGUACGCUGUCUGUCGAGAACAGCGAGGGGAACUCUUCCUCCGUUAGCAGCAGCUGUGGGAGGUCUAGCCAGCCAAGAAGUUCUUAAGGCCAUCACAGGGAAGUUUGCACCCCUGCAGCAGUGGUUUUAUCUCGAUGCCAUCGAGGUUGUCAGGCCACUUCAGUCUGUUUCUGCUGAGGAGUUUUUACCAAGGGGCGAUCGGUAUGAUGGACUACGAGCUUGCAUCGGUGAAUCGAUGUGUCUAGAGCUGCACAAGCUCAGGGUCUUCAUGGUGGGCUGCGGUGCCAUUGGCUGUGAAAUGCUGAAAAACUUCGCCCUGCUUGGGGUGGGAUUGGCCAACAGCUCAGGGGAGGUGUUCAUCACAGACCCAGACCUUAUAGAAAAGUCCAACCUCAAUCGGCAGUUUCUCUUCAGACCACAUCAUAUACAGAAACCGAAGAGUACCACGGCAGCAGAAGCCACUCAAGAGAUCAACCCGGAGCUGCAGGUAGACGCUCAUCUCCACAAGGUGUGUCCUGCUACUGAGAGCAUCUACAAUGACGUCUUCUACUCCCGUCUGAACCUGGUGGUCACGGCGCUGGACAACGUGGAGGCUCGGAGAUAUGUAGACAGCCGCUGUUUAUCCAAUCAGAAACCUCUCCUGGAUUCUGGCACCAUGGGAACUAAAGGACACACUGAAAUCAUCGUGCCAAAUUUGACAGAGUCCUACAACAGCCAUAGGGACCCCCCAGAAGAGGAGAUCCCAUUCUGCACUCUCAAGUCUUUCCCUUCUGUCAUAGAGCACACUAUUCAGUGGGCCAGAGACAAGUUUGAGAACUUGUUUGUCCACAAGCCCUCCAUGUACAACUCAUUUUGGCAGACCCACUCCUCGGCUGACGCGGUGCUACAGAAGAUGCAGGUGGGAGAAAGUCUGGAGGGGGCCUUCCAGGUCGUUAAACUGCUGAGCAAACGGCCCAGCCAGUGGGACCAGUGCGUCGUUAAUGCCCGACUGAAGUUUGAAAAGUAUUUCAAGAGAAAGGCCCUACAACUGUUGCACUCUUUCCCGCUGGACACGAGGUUAAAAGAUGGAAGUCUGUUUUGGCAGUCCCCAAAAAGACCUCCAGCACCUUUUGAUUUUGACUUGAAAGACUCUUUGCACUUCACCUUCAUUGUCAGCACUGCCCGGCUCUUCGCAGGGAUUUAUAACAUCCCUUACUCAGAAGCGAAUAUCUCUGAAGAGGCGGUGACCAGGAUUCUCUCAGGAGUAAAGAUUCCCGAGUACAUGCCUUCACAGAAAUGUAUAGAGACAGAUGAGUCGGCGAAGAAGCCUGAUUCCAUGAAGAUGCCUCUAAGCAGUGAGGAGGAGAGGGAGGCCAUCGCACAGCUGGAGCAGGCCAUCGCUACGGACAACGUCACAGCAGAGAGGCUACAGGUGAGUCCACUGCUGUUUGAAAAGGACGAUGACCGCAACGGCCAUGUGGACUUUGUCACCUCAGCAUCUGCUCUGAGAGCCAGGAUGUACGCCAUCGAGCCCGCGGACAGACUCAAGACCAAACGCAUCGCUGGCAAGAUCAUCCCCGCUAUCGCCACAGCAACAGCUGCUGUGGCUGGACUGGUGGCCCUCGAGUUGAUCAAGGUGGUUGGAGGCUAUGAUUUUGAGUCCUUCAAAAACUGUUUCUUUAACCUGGCUAUCCCUGUGAUGGUGCUCACUGAGCCUGCCCCACUGAAACAGACACUCAUCAGGGACAACAUUUACUUCUCCAUUUGGGACUGUUGGACCAUCUUUGGCCAUGAGGACUUCACUCUCUCUGAGUUCAUGAAUGCAGUCAGGGAAAAGUAUGGAAUGGAGCCCACUAUGGUCGUACAUGGUGUGAAGAUGCUAUAUGUGCCUGUGAUGCCUGGACACUCAAAGAGACUCAAACUUACAAUGCAGAAGCUGAUCAAGCCGUCAGUGGACCGCCGCUACGUUGACCUCACCGUGUCCUUCGCUCCAGAGGCGGACGGAGACGAUGACCUCCCCGGCCCCCCCGUCAGGUACUUCUUAAGCCGCAAUGGAGAGACACCCUGACACCUUCCUGGAUGUCGUCUUCAAACCUCUUGUGUCCUUACUUCCCUUAUUUCAUGUCAAUUCUUGUACCCUAAAUAACCUGGGCCAUGGCCAAGAGCUUUCCCUCAGGAUGUUCUCUGACACGGGCAAAGCCCCUGGCCCAACACCAGCCCCCUGUACGUAAUGGAGCAAGACAGUGCCAGUCCUGGAGCCAGAUUUGUUCUUGCCCGAGAUCUAGCCCACACAAGGCUGCUUGAGUAGCACUUAACUGUACCUGUGUACAUAUUUUCUCUGUUCUGUUUUCUACUCUGGUGAAAUGCACAGCUCUGCCUGUGUGGAUGCCUUAAUUGAUUCAUAACAUUUGUUUCUGUUUGUGGCAGUGAGUCUGACUAAAAACUAUGUUUACAGAAACUUGCAUACUCCCUAUUUGUCUAAUUUCUGUUUUUAGUCUGCAAGGCCCUAAAGCGGGUGGUGAUAGGACUGUAGGGGCAGGGAUGUGGAUUUGUAGUUGGUAGGCAUCACGUCUUCUUCCUCUGUCCUCUCAUUGGCUAGAAAUCAUAAUGUAUGUACAAUUACCAGGUGCAAAAGGUCAGAACAGUGAAACCACCAAAGAUACUGAUUAUCAUUGUGUCUGCAGAUGGUUGUUCUCUUUUAUGAUCACCUUGACUGCCUCAUAUCACAGGGGACGGGCAUUACCUAAAACAUUACAGGGCAACACACAGGCAGCAUCUUACCAUGCUUUAUCACAUGAUGCACAUCAAUUCUUAGGGAUGUGUCACUGUGCUAUUGACAAGUGCCAACUAUUUAGAAAAGCAGCAAUUUUAUUGAAUCGCUCCUCAAUCCGUUGGGCUUUACUUUCAAUGUAAAGCCACCCACUCAUUGUAGCUGCUAGUCUAACCUAUCAUGAUAAAUACUUAGGUAACGACUGCAUUGACAAUACUUAACAUAUUUGGUUAAACAGUAUGUUCUUCAUUAGAUUAACGGCAUGAGUUCAAUGGCUGUCACACACAGAAAUAAAAAAUGUUUUGACUGACACAAAACAUCUGUUCAACCAUCCAGGAUUACACUCCUACUGUUUUAAAAGACAUUUGUUGUUGAAAGAAACACAAACAUGUCUGUUCAAAUCUGUGGUGUUAAUUCAUUAUUUGAUAAACAACUGCAUUUGUUUAUUGAUGUGUGUCCAUGACAUGUAUUUAUUUACUUGUUACUAAUUCUUGUCACUUUUGUGUCAAACUGAGCCUGUGUUGAUGAGCUCCGUGGAGUCAUGGUAAUUGUGAAUCAACAAUGGACAAAAGUCAAUAAAGGGGUAUCAAAAAUGAGUCUUACUUCUAUUAUGUAAUACAAUGACGGUCCCAAGACACAAAAUGAUUAUUUGGCCCCGUUUAUUUUUCUCCCCAUAACCAGAGGUUCAGCAAUUCACUUUGCACAGGAAAUAUCAUAUCAUAUCGACAACAUUUCUUGUGCAGUGAAAGUGUAAACAAAACAAUGUCAACGAUGUAUGUUCCUGUGACAGACAACUCAACCAAUGGUCCAAUAAAAUAUAAGAUUUCUUGAUGUCCACAAGAGUAAAGCUG